UACGGGGAGGAGUUCUCUUUCGUCAGCCCCCUGGUGAAAUACCUGCUCUUCUUCUUCAACAUGCUCUUCUGGGACCCAGUGUUGGCUGGAAGGCCAGAGGCUAUUUCGAAAUCUCCUGCUUGGAGCUGGAAAAGUGGAAAAAAUACUGGCCUGGGGCUCCUGACACUUGAAUUUCCACCCCCAGUCUACCCUCACUGUUGACUUGACUGACCUGGGCAAAUAUGUGUGAUUUCCAUGGUGAUGGUGGCUGUGGGUGUCUAUGCCCGGCUGAUGAAGCACGCAGAAGCAGCCUUGGCUUGCCUGGCAGUGGACCCCGCCAUCCUGCUCAUUGUGGUGGGCGUCCUCAUGUUCCUGCUCACCUUCUGCGGAUGCAUUGGAUCCCUGCGAGAGAACAUCUGCCUCCUCCAGACUUUCUCCCUCUGCCUCACCAUCGUGUUCCUGCUACAGCUGGCUGCUGGGGUCCUGGGCUUCGUCUUCUCAGACAAGGCUCGGGGGAAAGUGAGUGAGAUUAUAAACAAUGCCAUCGUGCAUUACCGAGAUGACCUGGAUCUGCAGAACCUCAUUGAUUUUGGCCAGAAGAAGUUCAGCUGCUGUGGAGGGAUUUCCUACAAGGACUGGUCCCAGAAUAUGUACUUCAACUGCUCAGAUGAUAACCCCAGCCGUGAGCGAUGCUCUGUGCCUUACUCCUGUUGCUUGCCUACCCCAAACCAGGCAGUGAUCAACACUAUGUGUGGCCAAGGUAUGCAGGCUCUUAAAUACUCGGAAGCUAGUGACGUCAUCUAUACCAAUGGCUGUAUUGACAAGCUGGUCAACUGGAUACACAGCAACCUAUUCUUACUUGGUGGUGUGGCACUGGGGCUGGCCAUCCCCCAGCUGGUGGGAAUCCUGCUGUCCCAGAUCCUUGUGAAUCAGAUCAAAGAUCAGAUCAAGCUACAGCUCUACAACCAGCAGCACCGCGCUGACCCAUGGUACUGAGAAUCCAUCCUGUGGCUCCUCACCAUGGCAACAGGCAAGCCUCACUGACCAGCGACAGCUGGUGCUGAGAACAGCACCCAAGAUUUGGAUUCCAGCUCCCCAGCAAUCAUGGCCCACUGGGACAAAGCAAACUCCAGAUGGGCAGAAAGAAGGCAGGGUGCACAGAGCCUCAAGUCUCAGAAGGCUGUGCCUCCCCUCCCCUAUCCUAGCCCUCAGCAUUGUUAGAGUCAUUUUGUGUUGUUUCUAACCUUAAGUGUUUGGGUUUAUGUUUUUAAGUUUUGUCUGGGCAGAGAUGUUUGGGGAACAGGAGUUGCAGAGAGUUGGGGGGGGUACUAGUAGCUGCUGCUUUUUCACUGGGGCAAUACAGCCAACAGCUCUAUUAGGGCUGUCACCGAGCUUGGUGGACAUACUUAAGAUUCUGCUGCCAGCAAGACUUGGCUGUGGAGACUAGAUACCACAGCCCUGCCUGGAGUACAAUUGGCAUGAUUCCAGUUCUGGAAGAGAAGGGAGUGGGACCAGGCAGUAGGGAGUGUGGGGGUCGGCCAGGGACAGCUGUGUGUGUUGGGUAGGAGUGGAAGGAGGUGCUUACUAAAUGCCUGCCCUGCCGUCCUCCCAGGUAGUCAGAGUGAGCUACAUCCUGCACCUCCCUCAUUUCCAUGGUAACGUGGCAGCAAGGCAAGGGGUACCACAGCAGCCAAAUUCAGCACUACCCCACGCCCUCCGAAGAAAGUUUAGAACCAUGAUCCCUGCAGUCUGCAGCCAGCAGAAGUGGGACUGAGCCUUACAUGUCCUCGAAUUCCUCUAUCAAGCACUCCCUCUCCAGCAAGUGGGGUUUUCUUUAACUUGGCAGUGCGAAGAGGAGUGAUAACACUCCCCCACCCUCACCCCCCUGCACGAGAACUUAAUGUUUCUGCAGUUUAAGAAGCAAGAAUCUUGCUGGGGCUAGGGGUGCCAGAAGUGGCAAUAAAAAGCUUAUUGACCUGGGCUAA